GGGCUUUUCAGGGGUGGAUCAGCCCAAUCACUCCCGCAUCUUCAUGGCGGGAAAUCCACUGAACUGUGAUACAAUAUUUAGAAUUUAGAAAUCUCCAUUUUACAAAUUUAGCGGGCCAAUUCUUUGAACCGGCGGUGGCGGCAUGGCCGUAAGGGUGCUGAAUGUGGCGGAGAAGCCGUCUGUGGCGAAGGCGGUGGCGGGGAUACUGUCGAACAACCAAAUGAGGUCGAGGAACGGACGGUCGGUGUACAACAGAAUAUUUGAGUUUAACUACACUAUCCUAAACCAGCCCUGCCAAAUGCUCUUCACUUCCGUCACGGGGCACCUCAUGGAGCUCGAAUUCGAUGAUCGAUACCGCAAGUGGCACUCCUGCGAUCCUGUCGAUCUCUUUAGCGCCCCCGUUCGGAAAUCUGUCCCGGAGGAUAAGUUAGAUAUCAAAAGGACACUGGAGGAAGAGUCUCGAAGAUGCCAAUGGCUUAUACUAUGGCUCGAUUGUGAUAGGGAAGGGGAAAAUAUUGCAUUUGAGGUGUUGGAAAUCUGCAAACAAGCUAAUCGUAACCUUAGAGUGUGGAGGGCUCGUUUCUCUGCUCUGAUUGACAGGGAAAUUCGCCAGUCAGUGGAGCGACUUGUUCAACCCAAUCAAUUGUUUUCUGAUGCUGUUGAUGUACGACAAGAGAUAGAUCUUCGUAUAGGUGCUUCUUUCACAAGAUUUCAGACUAUGCUCUUGAGAGAUACAUUUGUCAUUGAUCUUGCUCCGGAUGACAGAAAUCUUGUCCUGAGUUAUGGUCCUUGUCAGUUCCCUACUCUUGGUUUCGUGGUUGAGCGGUACUGGGAGAUACAAGCUCACGAACCCGAAGAGUUCUGGACAAUCAAUUGUACUCACACUUCAGAUGAGGGCACUGCAAACUUUAAUUGGAUGCGUGGGAAUUUGUUUGAUCACACAUGUGCAGUAAUUAUUUAUGAAAUGUGUGUCCAGGACCCCACUGCAACAGUCACUAAAGUUAGGCAGCAGGAGAAGCUGAAAUAUCCUCCACACCCGCUGAACACCAUUGAGCUUGAGAAACGUGCUUCAAGAUAUUUCAGAAUGAGUUCUGCACAAACUAUGAAGGUGGCUGAGGAUCUUUACCAACAAGGAUUUAUUAGCUACCCACGCACUGAGACUGAUCGCUUCUCUGUUGAUGGCAUUGCUAACUUGCCUAUGACUGUUCAAGAACAAGUUGGUCACCCAGUAUGGGGCUCUUAUGCCCAGCGCUUGUUGGACCAUGAAUCAGGACUGUGGAGAGACCCUAGUGGUGGAGUGAAUGAUGACAAGGCCCAUCCUCCUAUUCACCCAACUAGGUUUUCAGCUGGAGAACCUGGAUGGAGUCAAGACCACCAUAAAGUGUAUGAACUAGUUGUUCGCCAUUUUCUGGCCUGUGUCUCUCAACCGGCCAAAGGAGCUGAGACCAUAGUUGAAAUUGAUAUUGCUGGUGAAUCAUUUUCAGCAUGUGGGAGAGUGAUAAUUGCUAAAAACUACUUGGAUGUCUACAGAUAUGAAUCAUGGGGGGGUUCAGUGAUCCCAACAUACAGUUUUGGGCAGCAGUUUACCCCAACAACAUUGACUCUUGAUUCAGGAGUUACACGACCUCCUCCACCUUUGAGUGAGGCUGACCUUCUAAGUUGUAUGGACAAGGCAGGCAUUGGCACAGAUGCAACAAUGCAUGAUCACAUAAAAAAACUGCUUGAUCGAUGUUAUGUGACUAAAGAUUCAAACACCCGUUUCUCACCAACUAAACUUGGGGAAGCUCUGGUAAUGGGAUAUGAUGACAUGGGUUAUGAACUGUGGAAACCAUAUCUCCGUUCAAUGAUGGAACAUGAUAUGAAAGCAGUUAGUAUUGGCACAAAGGGAAAAACUGAGGUUUUGGAGACCUGCUUGCAGCAAAUGAAAGCUUGCUUUCUAGAUGCCAGAGUAAACAAAGUAAAGUUAUUUGAGGCAAUGGCUGUGUUCUUUGACAGAUCAAACAGAUCCAACGCUAGUGAGCAACAUAUAGUUGGAGAUGUUGUUCGCAGAUGUGGACUUUGUCAGGAAUCAGAUAUGGUCCUCAGGCAGAAAACGGAUGGAAAAUUCAUGGUUGGUUGCCUGGGUUAUCCACAGUGUAGAAAUGCAGUCUGGCUACCAGGGUGCAUAUUAGAAGCAGUUGUAACCCAAGAUAUAUGCAGCAUCUGUACUCCAGGACCUGUUUUUAAGAUUCGGUUUAAAUUUCGACGUCUGUCUAUACCACCCAAUUUCGAUGCUGAACAUUUAGGUUGUGUUGGUGGCUGUGAUGAUACUCUGAAGCAGUUGGUAGAAAUUUGUGGAACUGGUUCCAGGAAUAGUUCCAGCAUUCCUGCUAGAGGGGGCCAUACAACACCUUCUGCCAGUGCCCAGCAAAGCAAUAGAGGGGGCCGUACAACACCUUCCGCUAGUGCCCAGCGAAGCAAUCCUAGACCGCAAGCUCCUUGUUUAUACUGUAGGCAAACAGGGCAUUCAUCAAAUGAUUGCCCCUCGCAAGCAUCCAAUCGGCGUUCUGCUCAGUCCUCCCAGUCCCAGUCCCAGUCCCAUGAAGCUAACCGACAAAAUGGAGUACCCUCCAUUCCUUGUAAUUCCUGCGGUGCUCCCUGUGCUCUACGAACCGCCAACACUGCAAAAAAUAGGGGCAGAAAGUUCUACUCUUGCCAGUCCCGAGAAUGCAAUUUUUUCGCAUGGGAGGAAGAUGCCGUGAGCAGAGGAGGAGGAGCCCCCUCCGAAAAUACUAGCGACUUGGGGUCUAAUUCCGGGAGGGGUGGCCGCGGACGCGGCCGGGGCCGUGGUAGAGGCAGGGGCAGGGGUAGGGGUGAUGCCACACAUGCUAAUGGUUUUACCUUCGUUUCGGCAACAGGGGAACCAACCACCGGUUGCUGUUUUGUAUGUGGUGAUCCAUCACACUUGGCGAAUGUUUGCCCACGUCGUCGGGGAUGAAAGUUGACGACCCCCUCCCUCCCUGUUUAAAUCUUCAUGUUGUAUUUAGCUUAUCAACGUAGUAAGCACUAAGCAAGCAAUUAUAUAACCAUAUCUCAUCAUGAUUUCAAUUUAAUGGGCUGUACCGAGUAAUGUAGCAAUUCUGGGUCACUGUUGCAACAUCCGGGUUGGGAUCGCAAAUUCUAACUUCAAGGAAGGAGCGAGCACUCAUGACUGCAACAUCACGAAAAUCAAUGACUUUGUAAUGUUAAAUGUUUGCUAUAGAAAAUAUACUAUUCUGAA